AUGCUGCGAGUGCGGUGCUUGCGCGGGGGCAGCCGCGGGGCCGAAGCGGCGCAUUACCUCGGCUCGCGGCUUGGAAGAGCCUUUACAGGAUGGGUGCAGCGAUCUUUUCAGAGCACCCAGGCAGCCACGGCCUCCCAGAACACCUGUGCUGCCGAUGACAAGGCCACCAGCCCUGUGCCUAAGGACUGUCCUGUUUGCUCAUACAAUGAAUGGGACCCACUGGAAGAGGUCAUUGUAGGAAGAGCUGAAAAUGCUUGUGUCCCACCUUUUUCUGUGGAGGUUAAGGCCAACACAUAUGAAAAAUAUUGGGGAUUUUAUGAGAAAUUUGGAGGCCAGAGCUUCCCCAAAGAUCAUUUAAAAAAAGCUAUUGCUGAAAUUGAAGAGAUGUGCAAUAUUUUGAAAAGAGAAGGUGUAAUUGUCAAGAGACCUGAUCCAAUUGACUGGUCUGUGAAGUACAAAACACCUGAUUUUGAGUCUACAGGUAUGUAUGCUGCCAUGCCAAGGGACAUCCUGCUGGUGGUGGGAAAUGAAAUUAUUGAAGCGCCUAUGGCUUGGCGUGCUCGGUUCUUUGAGUACCGAGCAUACAGACGAAUAAUCAAAGAUUAUUUCAACUGUGGUGCCAAGUGGACAACUGCCCCUAAGCCCACAAUGGCAGAUGAACUCUAUGAUCAGGAUUAUCCGAUCCGCUCUGUUGAAGACAGGCAUAAACUGGCUGCUCAGGGAAAAUUUGUCACUACUGAAUUUGAGCCAUGCUUUGAUGCUGCUGACUUCAUUAGAGCUGGAAGAGAUAUCUUUGUACAAAGGAGCCAGGUUACAAAUUACAUGGGCAUUGAAUGGAUGAGGCGACAUCUUGCACCAGACUAUAGAGUGCAUAUAAUAUCUUUUAAGGAUCCUAACCCGAUGCACAUUGAUGCCACUUUUAAUAUCAUUGGGCCUGGUCUUGUGCUCUCUAAUCCAGACCGUCCCUGCCAUCAGAUUGAGCUCUUCAAGAAAGCAGGCUGGACUGUGAUUCGUCCCCCAGUGCCGCUCAUCCCAGAUGAUCACCCCCUCUGGAUGUCUUCUAAAUGGCUGUCCAUGAAUGUGCUAAUGCUGGAUGAGAAACGUGUGAUGGUGGAUGCCAAUGAGACAUCAAUUCAGAAGAUGUUUGAAAAUCUGGGCAUUUCUACAAUUAAAGUGAGUAUUCGCCACGCCAAUUCACUGGGAGGUGGUUUCCAUUGCUGGACGUGUGAUAUUCGCCGCCGUGGUACCUUGCAAUCUUAUUUUGACUAG